UCUGCCCUGGUCCAAUCAUCGCCCAGAUGCCCCAGAAGAACAGUGAAAAGUUACAGGACUGUGGUUAUCAGUUCAGUGCUGUGUCACUUCCUGGUCCUGCACAGAAGAGGGCAGAGUCAAAGCUCCACUCUUGGAGGAGUCCUGGGUGGUGAUUCUCCUCAGACAUCAUCAGGCUCUCUGCAUGGCCUCCUCUCAGUUGGCCCAGCUUCAGGAUGAGCCCCCACCCCCACCCCAGUGGCAGACAGAGGCUAGACAGAAUACCGAGCUGGGUCUGUGGAGCUCACAGCCCAGGUCUGCUCUGCAGAUCCGACAGUGCUGUAGCCGAAAUGUAGCUGCUGUUCUGUCUGACUUGGGCCGGGCUCCACUGGCAGGAAGGGUGUCCAUCCUUCCCUUAUGCCUCAGGAACCGCCAGAGAAAAGAUUUCCAUAUGUCGGGAGAUGCCCAGCCUGGAAGUGAUCACACUCAGUGUCAACAGCGUCUCCACCCUGGAACCUGUACGUGGCUGCCGACGCCUGAGUGAGCUGUACCUGAGGAGGAACCGUAUCCCCAGUCUGGAUGAGCUGUUCUACCUAAAGGACCUACCACACCUCAGGGUACUGUGGCUGGCCGAGAACCCGUGCUGCGGCACCAGCCCGCACCUUUAUCGCAUGACCGUGCUGCGCAACCUACCCCACCUGCAGAAGCUAGACAACCAAGCUGUGACAGAGGAAGAGCUGACUCGCGCGCUGAUGGAGGGAGAUGAGAUCUCUGCCGCCCCAGGCAGACAGGACUCAGGCAAUGGCUGUCCCAAGCCCUCCUAUACCCUCAGCUCUGUCAGCUCUACAACCGAGACCAGCCAGAGCCUGCUGAGCUACACAGAAACAGACAGAGUCCAGGGCCAGACUGCUGGAGACCAGUCUCCUUCCUUCUCACAAAGGGAUGCUGUGAGGAGUCAGAAGAAUAAGAACAUCCUGACUGCCAUCUUGCUGCUGCUGCGGGAACUGGACACAGAGGGCCUGGAGGCUGUCCAGCAGACUGUGGGCAGCCGGCUACAGGCGCUGCACAGGCUGGAACCCCAGGAGGACAUGGAGUGACUUCAUAUGCCCAGUACCUGGACCUGUUACAUCCUGUGGAAACAGCUCCACCUGGAAAGCCUCCCGCUGGGUUCCCAACGCCAGACCAGUGCAGGAGCAGUGGCUGACAGCUGAGCAGACCCCUCUUCUAUGCCUAGGGCUGGCAGAGGCGCUGCCCACAUGCAUGGUCCCUGAGACUUACCGGUUGAGGCCUUGGGCAUCUAGGCACUACCUGAUCCUUCUUCAAGGGAGGACUGUACAAGCCAUACCCUCCAAUAAAGCACUUUGUUUGGGCUGGAA